CAGGAAUUCCCAAUUCAGGGGGGGGGGCAUGCCAGUUUCCGGGGCUUCAGGGGAGCUGCAGCGCCAGAGAAAUCUCUGAAAUGAGAUAUUUUGCAGGAUGUUCAUUCUGCUGAUUCUCUGCCUUGGUCACUGUCUCCCAGGUGCCAGUUCACAGGGCAGUGGCCGCGUCUGCCCUCGGAGGAAUGUAAACACACACACAGAUCACGUGACUGAGCUCCCGAGGCAAAUAAUAUGGCCGCAUGCUAACGACUAGCAGCUCCAGGUCUGGGCAGCAUGAAGACGCUUUAACGGAGACAUGCCCCGGAUUACACCAUCUGUUGUUAAUGUAGACAAUCAGUCCCCCUCCUCUGCUUUUCCCGCAGGCUUCUGCGUCUCUGUCGGCUCUCACAGACGCAAAACCGCGCAGGUCCACGUUAGCCUCUGGCGUUAGCUCGGUUAGCCACGUCUCCGUGAAGAUGAAUAAGCUGGACUCCCGGUACAACCGCUGAUUGUUCAGUGCAUGCAGCUCAUCCAUCUUAUUUUGCAGCGAGUUUACGUUGCCCGUAAUCACUGAAGGGAUAGAUGGUUUAAAACGCCUCCGGUGCUCCGCUGUCCUCGCCUUAAGCUUCGCUCCGGCCCUGCAGCCUCGGUAUCUCCUCUUCGGCUCCGGCGGAAUGUGGUGUCGUAUGUCGGUCCGUGCUGUUGUUUUCAGCGCCAGCAGCUCUUCUCUCGAAUAAACGAAAGAACUCGCUAAUGUUGUGGUUCUAAAAAGUGCUGUAUCCAUGGGAUACGUAAAUACGCACCAUGUCUCCGUGGAGAGAUAGAAAGUAAAGUAAAGAAAAAGGGUUUAAAAAUAAAAUAAAAGCACGGUGGUACAGAGCUACUGGAGAGGCUGCCGACUCCUUCGGCGCCAGGGGUAUUUGCGCUUCCUAAUGCAUCUCAGAUGGACAGUCAGAGACGAGUCAGGACUGCAGCCCAGUCUGGUACCUGCACUCUCUGCACAAGCAGCCAUGCACCUGUAAUCUGGGCAGAAUGUGGUUUGACACUGACCUGCGGGAAAAUUCAGGGACAUCCUUAGAAACUUCUGCAUGGCAGCAUCUGUUCCUCCAUAAUUUGCACCCCCCCCCCCCCCCACAAACCAUGACUGGCACUGGCUUUUGGACCUGGCCCUGAUAACAGCUUGGAUGGUCCUUUUUUCUUUGGCCCCAAGAACACCAUUUCUGCUUUUCCAAAGACUAUUUGAUAUAUUGGCUUUUUGAACCAUAAAAUGUGAUUUCUGCUCUCCAUCUCUGAUGGGCCCGAGCCCAGAGAUGUCGGCCGCCCUUCUAGACAGUGUUGAUGCUUCUGCAUUGCAUAGUAAUGCCUUAACUUAUAUCAGUAGAUAUGACUUUGUUCUGUAGUGUAAUAACAUUGUAAUGACUUUGUAUUGUACUGUAUAUUAAUCAGGUAUCGUCUGUCAUGUUGGAGACACUGUCACGCUGCCCUGUGAUGGACCAGCAGCUACAGACACCAAGGAGGCUGAUGUUCUGUGGGUGUUUGGAGGCAGGCCUGUCUGUUCAUAUAAAAAUGGGAGCUGGUGUGAAGCUGGUCAUCAUGUGAAUCGAAUUCGGCUUGGAUCCAUCCAACAGAACAACUUCUCUUUGGCCAUUAAUCCUGUCAGAAAAGACGAUGCCGGGGUGUAUAUGUGUCGAAUCAAUGGUGGAGAUAUACAAACCAUUCGCCUUAUUGUUGAUGGUAAGUGACCAUUCUGAUGGUUCCCCUUCCCCCUAAUACCCCCCGAGACCCGUCUCUGUGGGGCAGAGCCUCCUACAGCUCAGUCUGCCCCCCGACCCGCAUGAACAGAACCGUGACCCAGAAGCUGAGAGCAGUAGGGAUCCCUCUGCAGGCCGCCUUUAUCCCCCGGCUCUCUGCAGGCCGCCUUUAUCCCCCGGCUCUCUGCAGGCCGCCUUUAUCCCCCGGCUCUCUGCAGGCCGCCUUUAUCCCCCGGCUCUCUGCAGGCCGCCUUUAUCCCCCGGCUCUCUGCAGGCCGCCUUUAUCCCCCGGCUCUCUGCAGGCCGCCUUUAUCCCCCGGCCCCCAGCUCUCUGCUGCAGCUCUGAGUUACAGGCUCACUCUGACUCUGCUGCUUCUGUCCCUGCAGAACCUGCAGGAGACCGGAAGCAAAGGGAUGCAGUGAUGCCCCCUGGAGGUCGUCCUUUUUGCAGGCCAUACAGAGAGAGAGAAGAUCCUCCAGAGUCCAAAACCAAAGACAAACAGGAUUCUUAUGAAAACCCUCCAGGGGCGUCUUCAGGAGGAAACGUGAUUGUGGGGAUCGUGGUGGCUGUGAUGGCUGUGGUGGCUGUAGUGGGGGCUGCAGUUUUUUUCAAAAGACAGUGGAAUCGACAAGGAGAUGAAAAUCUGCCUGAUCCGGGACCAUCUGAACAUCCCCUGAUUAAUGCUGCCUCUGGCCCUGUUGGGGACAGCAGUGCUGAGAGGAUGGAGGAACCAGAGAAAACAGGCUGAAUAAUGAAUAAUAACUUGGUUUUCUAUAACUGCUUGUGCCACUUACAUGAAAUGUGAUAUUGUACUUAAAUCUACUUUGCAAGUUUAGCUCUAAUAUUAUUUGUAUAUUACAUGAAUAUAAUGCUCCUGGGGGGCGGCAUGGUGGUGCAGUGGUUAGCACUGUUGCCUUUCACCUCUGGGACCCGGGUUCGAGUCUCCGCCUGGGUUAUAUGUGUGUGGAGUUUGCAUGUUCUCCCCAUGUCGUUGUGGGGUUUCCUCCGGGUACUCUGGUUUCCCCCCACAGUCCAAAGACAUACUGAGGCUAAUUUGAGUUGCAAAAUUUCCCGUAGGUGUGCAUGUGUGAGUGAAUGGUGUGUGAGUGUGCCCUGCGAUGGGCUGGCCCCCCCAUCCUGGGUUGUUCCCUGCCUCGUGCCCAUUGCUUCCAGUAUAGGCUCUGGACGCCCCGCAACCCAGUAGGAUAAGCGGUUUGGAAAAUGGAUGGAUGGAUAAUGCUCCUGUGUGUGUGUGUGUGUGUGUGUGUGUGUGUGAGAGAGAGAGAGAGAGAGAGAGAGAGAGAGAGGGGAGUUUGCAGGUUGCACAAACCUGAAACUUUUGGAGACACUUCUUCAGGUCCCCAUUUGGAUAACCUCUGUUUUAUAAAAAUCUGUGAAUGCAAUCAAAAAUAAAAAUUAAGGUUAGGGUUGGAUAGAGGUUAGGGGCGUUGUGAUUGAGAUAAGGGUUUUUCCCAUAGAAUUUAAUGGACGGUCCCCAUUCAGAUAGGUAGACCAACUUGGGUGUGUGUGUGCAGUUGACACAUUGUGUUAACAUGGGUAAACACAGAUAACUCUGAGGUAAACAUGUAAACAGAGGUAGUGUUUGCUUUUUGCCCAAUGUUUGUUUCCCCUCAGAUGUGCUUCGCCGACGCCUUACCUUCCCUUCCAGCCCCCAUGUGUAGUGUGUAGCGCUCCCAGCUGUGUCUUGUUAGCCCUAGUUAGUGACUGUAUGUAAGUUCCUUCCUUGCUGUGUAAUCCUUAGUUCCAUCAUUGUCUUGCUGUCUCCGGUUUUGUUUGUUUCCCAAAAGUCAUAGGGUUUCCCUGCAUCAGCUGCAUUCUGGGUCGUGCUUCUCCCUGCUGACGUGGCAGGAUAAUGAUAAUUUGACUCUUGCAGACUUCGAUGUCAGCAUGCUUUGAGCGGUGGCUGCUUGGUUAUUCAUGUACACAAGCAGAAAAUGCACAGUUCGACUGGCAGCCAUGUGGAAAUAUUAUAUAUUUCUUUUAAUGGCAUUAUAAUUGGAAAACAACUUGAAAUGGAUUAGAACUUUUGUGUUUUUUAUAUCGUCAUUUUCUGCUGUUUUUUUCUACUUGGAAUCUUUUACUAAAUUCUGGAGCAGGUCAGUGUUAGAGGCCGAGCAGGGCUUCUAAUGGACUGAAGGCUAGAACAUAAUUUGCAGGUAACACUGUUAGAGUGUAUCUGUGUAUUUUAUCAUAUUAUUAUCCUCCUAUAUGUGUACGUGCAACCCUUAACAACUAACCCAUGGCCCAGAAAGGGUUGCAGACAAGAUGUCCUCACAGGGGCCUACCAGAUUGUGAAGCAGGAAUAAGAGACCUUGAGAAAGGAAACAGAUUCUGUCAACAUAGCAGGGGGCCCACCUUGAGAAAUGUAAUGCUUUGUAUUAACCCUGUUUCACGGAGGCCUCACACAGCAUUGACUAGUUUAAAGACAAGACCCAUGUAACCCCUCCCCUACCCUAUAAAUAAAGAAGCCAAGGGACUGUCCGGUGUGACACUCAACAGAGGCGCAGAUACUGUCUGUUGCACCUGAAGUGGGCACCCUUGCGCAAGUAAAACAGAAA